GAUGCAAAAACAAGUAAACAAAAUAUUUCAAAUGUAAAAAAUAAACAUAGUUUAAAUGCACGUGCGGUCCGUGUAGUGUAUAACGAUCAUACAUUCUUUUUAAAUGUAUGAAAAAAUGGACCCGGAAUCGGAAGGUGACUUGUCCGAAGUGGACAGCGACAAGGAUUUCGAUUUACAGCAGGAAAUUGCUCGCAGCGCGUUUGCGGAUAUGUGUCAUGAUUGGGAACGCAAUCAGAAAUACGACCAAGCGCUGCAGUUAACGAUAAAACAAUUGCACCGACAAGGGAUGAAGGCUCAUGUCUUGGACAUUGGAACCGGAAGUGGAUUGCUGUCGAUGAUGGCAGUGCGAGCAGGAGCCGACAGUGUGACCGCAUGUGAAGCGUUCAAACCAAUGGCGGAUUGUGCUGAACGUGUCAUGCUGGCCAAUGGCAUGGCCGGCCGCAUCCAUUUGGUCAAAAAGAAAUCCACCGAAAUGCAAGUUGGAAUUGGGUUGGAUAUGGAGCGAAAAGCCAACGUGCUGGUGACAGAGUUAUUUGAUACCGAGUUGAUUGGUGAAGGAGCAAUUGCAACAUAUAUGCACGCUCUGGAAUUCCUGCUUGAGUCAGAUUGUCGAGUUAUUCCUCAUUCCGCUACGGUUUAUGCUCAAAUUGUGGAGAGCCCUUUUAUAGUCAACUGGUACGUUCCCAAACUGCUAACUAAUUCAGAUGGCGACGUGCUAAUCAAAACGCCGAACGAAAUAACCCACUGUCGAGGAUCAUCAGCUUUAUGUGAUUUACAACUGAGUCAAAUGCCAUCAGGAAGUUUCAAAGUUUUGUCCGAUCCGGUGGCAAUCUUCGAAUUCAAUUGGUCCGAGAAAGAUAAUUUUCAUUUUGAAAGGCAUUCUAGAACGCAUGUUUUAAUAACGAAUUCCGGAGUACCGCAAGCGGUUUUUAUGUGGUGGGAGCUGCAAAUGGAUUUAGAAGGAACCAUUCGCCUUAGUUGUGCACCGUAUUGGGCGCACACUGAUUUCGAUCGUCUUAAAGUGAAUAACCAAACAAUGCACAUUCCGCAACAAAAUUUGAUUCCGUGGCGUGACCACUGGAUGCAAGCAAUUUAUUUUUUAACAACUGACAAACAACCGUUAAGGAAACAGCAAAAAGUAACUCUGGAUGCGUUCCACGAUGAGUUUUCGCUUUGGUUUGGUAUUGAUCAGCCAAAUCUUAAUCCAGCACAUUGUUCAUGUGGGUUUCAUAUCGCGUAUUCCCGUUCCCGAAUUGGUCAAUUAAAUGAGGGUACCCGAAACAAAAAGAUACUGAAUUUUCUGGAAGAUAGGGUCAAUCGAGAUUCUGUUGUUCUAGUGCUAAGUGAGGGUUCCCUCAUUAGCCUAGGACUUGCAGCGAUGGGAAUUAAAAAAGUCAUAAUAAUUGAAAAUAAUGCCUUUUCAAGAAAUUGUAUGAAACAAUAUGCAGCUUUUAACGGAUUGGAAAACGUCGAAAUAUUAGGCCUAGAACUGUUAACAGAUACGUCAAUAUCACACGUUACUCAUGUGUUUGGAGAACCAUUUUUUGGAUCAGCGAUAUUACCUUGGGAAAAUGGUGUUCAGUUCUGUGUAAUGCUUGAUCGGAUAAGAUCUAAACUAAAUUCAGGCGUUGUCAUAGUGCCGAAUUCCUUCAGUAUUUACAGUGCGCCUGUAGAGUUUUUGGAUCUGCAAAAAAUUUGUGCGCCUCUUGGCAUUUGUGAAGGCUUUGAUCUUAGUAUAAUGGAUGAAAUGAUCGAGGAUAAUUCCAUCCUCACGGAUUCACCAGUGGAAGCUCAACCAUUAUGGGAAUAUCCUUGCUUUGCUUUAGGGUUGCCGGUUGAGUUAGCUAGCGUGAAUAUCGCAGAAAACAUGCUCAAGUCCAGUGUUGCAAAGGGCGUGAUGAAGCUUUGUAAGGAAGGUGUGGUUAAAAACUGCAAUGGGAUAGCGUUAUGGGUUGAUUGGCAUUUAGAUGCUAAGCAAACUCCAAAAACCACCAUAUCUACGGGGCCACUAGUUCCAAUAGAUAUAGACACUGUAAGUCCUGUUGUAUGGAAUACUAACUGGAGACAAGGAGUGCAUUUGUUGAAACAAGCUAUUGUGGACAAAUCUGUUAGCUGGUCAGUUAAGUGUAAUGUUCAACUAAAUAAAUUUUACUUUCAUUUUGAAUGAAAGUAUAAAAUUUUAAUUGCAAUCUACAACGAAAUAAAGGCAUGCAUAGGAGAAAAACGAAAAAAUAUUUUUUCCUGUAAUUUCUGAACCAAAAUACACAAUCUACGAUGAGGUAUUUGGUAACAAAAUAUUUCAAUAUUCUCAUCUGAAAAAAAUACUUUUCGCUCAAGCAACAAUUCUUUAAUAGUCAUAUACGGUGUGACUGCAAAUUUAUGAAAUAAAACAAUCAAUAGGUUACUUAAAAUGAUAUU